AAUCCUAAUCCCCCUUCUUACUCCUACUCCGCAUUCAGUGUCCACGCCGACACGACAGACUCACGGGCUAUAGCCAUGGCAGAGGCCUCUUCUCCGUCCACUUCACUGUCUGCGCUCCGUCCCUCGCAGGACGACGGAGCCAGCACUCCCCACACCGACGCCCCCCAGCCGCUGUCUGAUGUCGGCGCGAGCGACCCGGCCCCUGUCGACACCCAGACGAAAGAGCGUCUUGAGAAGAUCCUGCAGUCGGAGAUUGGUGUCACAACCCUCCUCAACAGACUGAAGCAGAGCAUUGCCGCCGCUCGGGACUAUGCCCUUUUUCUGAAGAAGAGAUCAGGACUGGAAGAGGAACAUGCUCACGGUCUGAAAAAAAUCGCCCGCAGCGCCCAGGAAGCCGCGCACCGGUUGGAUUCGCGUCAGGGUUCGUACGGCCACGCACAGGAUGAAAUCUCGAGAAUACACGAGCAAAUGGCCGACCACGGGCUUCAAUUCGCCGUCUCACUGUAUCAAAUGUCUACCGAUCUGAACGAGUUGGCCGAGAAUAUCGAGAAGAGCCGCAAGCAGUGGAAGGCGUCUGGUCUGGCAGCAGAGAAGAAAGUCCAGGAUGCUGAGGGGCUGGUGGAGAAGGCAAAGGCAAAGUAUGACACCUUGGCCGAGCAGUACGAUCGCGUCAAGACUGGUGAUAAGCAAGGAGGGAAGUUUGGCUUGAAGGGACAUAAGUCAGCGGUUCAGCAAGAGGAGGAACUCAAUCGCAAGGUCCAGGCUGCCGACGCAGAUUAUAAGGCUAAAGUACAAGCUGCCCAGUCGGCACGCCAGGAAUUGGUCACGACCCACCGCCCCCAGACAGUUCACCAAAUGCGACAAUUAAUCUUCGAGUGCGAUUCUGGCCUCACCCUUCAGUUACAGAAAUAUGCUUCUUUCAAUGAAAAACAUCUCCUCGGUAAAGGUCUCAGCGUCAGCCCGUUGAAAAACGAAACAGGUGGUGGGCCCAAGAGCCUUCGAGAGGUUGUUCACGACAUUGAUAGCGAAGGGGAUUUCAACCGGCAUAUUCUGGGCUUUGAAGGGAACAGCGGCUCAGUCGCAGCUCCACAGGUACAAUAUGUUCGACAUCAUACCCUUGGGUCAGGUCCAACAACUUCCGCACCUGGGCCAGCUCCUACGUCAGCGCCUUCGUCGCAGCCAAACAGUACCAAUGCACGCCAGCCAUCGCCUCUGUCAGCUCCUUCGCAACCAUCUGUGCCACCGUCAUCCGCGCCAGGUGGACAAGGACCGCAAACACAAUUACCCUCGCUAUCGUCCCAGCAGAGCCCAGACAGCUUUCACUCUGCCGCACAAUAUCAAGCGUUCCCAAGUUCUACCUCGUCACGUCCACAACAACCGCCUUCGGGGCCCCCUUAUCCCACUGGUCCUGUAUACAAGCCAACACAGUCCACUGCCCCGAUGAUGCACCCACCCAAUGGAUAUCAGAAUAAUCUUCCUCCGGUGAACCCGGUAUUUGGGAUUUCUUUAGAAGAUCUUUUCCGCAGAGAUGGAACCGCAGUCCCGGUAAUUGUCUACCAAUGCAUUCAAGCUGUUGAAAUGUUUGGGCUUGACAUGGAAGGGAUAUACCGACAAUCAGGGAGUGCCAACCACAUCAACCAUAUGAAGUCGUUAUUCGAUAAUGAUUCCUCCAAGGUUGAUUUCACGAAUCCCGAGAGCUUUUUCCAUGAUGUCAACAGUGUGGCGGGUCUACUGAAGCAGUUUUUCCGCGAGCUACCAGAUCCUCUGUUUACCCGGCAAAAUUACGCCGACUUCAUAAAUGCUGCUCGGGUCGACAAUCAAGACCAACGCCGCGAUACGCUUCACGCUAUUAUCAAUGGUCUCCCGGACCCCAACUACGCGACGCUACGCGCCUUGGUCUUGCAUCUCAACCGAGUCCAGGAGCAUGCUUCCAGCAACCGUAUGAGUGCUGGUAACAUCGCAAUCUGCUUUGGACCAACCCUCAUGGGCGCUUCCGGGGCCAAUCUCGUCGACUCUGGCUGGCAAAACCGAGUCAUCGAAACGGUGCUACUCAACACGUUCCAAAUCUUCGACGACGACUGAGUUAUCCACCCAUCUUUGACAAUUCUGAAUAUCCGCUCCGUGUCGUAAAAGCCAUCCUUUUCUUGCAUACACCCACAGACCGCAGUCUGCUUUUACUCUCUGUUUCUGCCGUCGGUCAUCUGCAAUUCUUCGUGUCUAUAUUUGUUUUGUUUCUUUUCGAGCAUGGUUGAUUUAGCUGGUGUAUACUAAUAUAUACGUACCUAUAUCCACAAUACGCAAUACACGAUUAUUGGGUCCAA